GUUUGUGCUUUUAUACACCAGUCUGGAAUCUGCAGUGCAGUGCACGCCGUUGCCAUACACACACAUAAUAGCGCAAAUCCGCAACGAUGUUGUUGUUUUUAACUCUUAUAGACCGAUAAGCGCAUUGUGCAGCUCGUCGAAUUUAACGACCUAUCGCGAGUGAAUCGUAACGUCAAAAGUAUGCGCCAGCCUCGACGACGCUUUAUCCGCUUACGUACGCACAAAGUGGAAGGAUUGGAGUCCAGUACGCUACCGCGAUAAUAUACGCGCGUACUUUAUUUAUCCUAACCUGCCGCCGUCCUCUGACUCAUGUGCCAUGCAGCACAACGCCCUUCAUAGUCCAGCACGAUUAUGACCAAGAUGUUUAUGGGACGGGCAAUGCUUUUUGCCUCUCUUGUGUUAGUGAUGCUUGUUCAGGACAAUGCCCUGGCACAGCAAAGUAUCGGGUGCUUCAAGAGUUUAAGUUUAGAUCCUGAUUUACCUAUAACAGUGGCAAGGCGAGUAGGUACACCUAUAGAAUGUAUCGCAGAGUGCAAAGCUAGGCAUUACAAGUUUUCUGGUAUGAUGCAUGGCUAUCAAUGCUUUUGUGGAAGUCAAUACGGUAAAGCAGGACCAUCAGAUGAAUGUAAAAUACCAUGCGUCAAUGAUACAACAUCAAUAUGUGGUUCCGAUGAAGCAAUAAAUAUUUAUUCUACUGGACAAAAAGGACCAAGUCCUCCUCGAAGAGUAAAAAUUAUAUCAUAUUCUCAGGACUCAUUAGGAGUCAGCUGGUUACCACCUGAUAUACCAAAUGGCAAAAUAAUCUCUUACACACUUAAAGCUAUCCCUCUGAGAACUAAUGCUCAGUUUCCUUUAUUACCUGUUCAAUCUGAUGUUCAAGGAGAAAGUGCAAACAUAACUACUUUAUACGGCUUACAUGCUGGUACAGAAUACAAUAUCACCAUUGUGGCCUUUAAUUCACAAGGUUUCAGUGAAGAAGCGUACACUGUUGAUUGGACUCAUAUAGGACCUCCCGAAAAACCACCCAAACCAAAAAUAAUUGAUAAGACAGAAAAGACUAUAACAAUAGAAGUACCAGAAGGCAGAAGUGAAAAUGGUCCUUUAACUUUUUAUCAUAUUGUAGUAGUGCUACCUGGGGUUGUGCCUCCCAAAAGUAAUGAUUUAGCUUAUGAAAAUUAUGAUGUGGCUAGUAGAGGUGGUUUAGGAUACUAUGUAACAGGAAAAUUUGAUACAUCAGACUAUGGAAGAAACAAAAUCUUUGAAGUUGGAAAUGGUAAACUAAUUGGAGGCUAUUACAAUGCUCCAUUGGAUAUGAAAAAUGGACAACCACAGAUUGGUGUUGCUGUUGAAUCUAGAAUCAGAGGAGAAGUACAGUACAGUUAUUCAGAUUUGACCUCUAGUAACCACAGAAGUAUGGCUCAUGGGGCAAAAGAUUCAGGAACUAAUGCAGCUAAUAUUAUUUUAUGGGUUCUUAUAGUAUUAUUAAGUUUAAUAUUGUUAGCUUCAGUGCUUGCGUUUUUGAUGCUGCGAAAAAGACUACAAAAGGUGCAAAUGCAUAGACUACCAGAACAACAAGAAUUAAGUCUCCAAGGACCUUCGUUUGAAGUGGAUAAUAUGGCAUAUAUUCCAGAAGAUAUACCUGAGAGGGUAAAUCACUAUCAAGAAUUAAAAAGCAAAGUUUGGAGUAUACCGCUGAACGCUUUGAAUUGCAAUGUUAAUCCUACUAAAAGAUUUCGAUUUGGUACUAUUCACAGUGGAACCGUACAAAAAGAUAACUUUAACAUACCGGUUUCAAUUCUUAAAAUUUCUGAUACUCAAUUGAGGAAUUCUGAGAAACGGAAAAUGUUGAGAGAAUUGGACACAUGCAUAAAAUCUGGUUCUUACAAGUAUCUCUCCAGUCUUGUUGGCAAUUGUGAAACGCCUGAUACACUAUAUGUAGCAUUUGAGCAACCAACUCAAUGUUUAAAAAUGCGAUUAUUAGCUGCACGUUCUGGUGAUCAUUUCCCUCACGAGUACAUAUUAAAGAUUGGUGCUUGCAUCGCGGAUGCUCUCAGAUAUUUGGAAAGUCUCAAAGUUGUGCAUACUUGUGUUUGUGCAAGAAGUGUUGGUCUUAACAACGAUUGGUCUCCUAAAAUUAUGGGACAUGGAAUAUCAAAACAUGUACUAGAAGACGCUAAAUAUGCUCGUUGGACAGCUCUUGAAUGCUUUGAAAACAUAAAAAAACAGAAUGGACCAAGUAUGGUUUGGGCUUUUGGUGUCUUAUUGUGGGAAAUGUUUAGUCUUGGUGGUACGCCUUAUCAUCAUCUUGAAAUGGAUAGUGAUGUUGAAGAAGCUUUAAAUCGCAAUGAACGCUUGCAACAGCUACCUGAUGUAACUGAUCCUGUGUAUGAAGUUAUGAGUUCAUGUUGGCUAGCUGAUCCUGAAGAAAGGCCUACAUUUGAUGAACUAAUACGACUGGAUACUCUAACCAUUCUUCCAAUUACGUCGAUCACCGAACCAUACAGACCAGAAUUAGAAUUAAAUUAAUCUAGUAGAUAAUGCUUCCAUAUCAAAGUUUUUAUACUGGAUAAAGGAGUAAGUUUCUGUACUUAAGAUUAAUUCAAGUCAUUCGUCGAAAAUAGUUCUUUUAUUACAUUUUCAUUAUUAUUCAUUAUUAUUUUUAUAUUUUAUUCAAUAUAAAAACAUUUUCGAUAUAGAUUCAAAAGAAAUUUUGACAACAUGAUUGUAUCAUAAUGUAAUUAGAACUUUCGAUCAAAAUAUCCGUCCAUAUUUUAUAAGUCUAAUUAAGAACCAAUUUUUAAUGUUGUAUAGACUGAUUUUUACUGUAUUUUAUAAGAGUACAUUGAAUGUACUCUAAUUCUGUUCCAUGGCAUUUGGAAUGUGCUAUGCUUCAGCAUUUGUAUGCUUCAGCAUUUGUAUGCUUCAGCAGGUUGCAAUUCCUGUUUCAUAUGUCAAAAUGUGAGUACAUCCUAUACACCUUCAUUUCCUUUAGUUUUUUUAAAUCUUAAAUAUUUUAUGUUGAAUGAUGUGACAUUUUUUGUUAAUUAUGCUGUAAUUAGUACAUUUAUAAUUAUAAUUGAUAGUGUGUGACUCGUGUUAAUUUAGUUAAAAUGAAAUUAUACUUUUAACUAUUCAAUAUUAUCUCAGUAUUGUGGCAUUUAAGUGUUAACUUGUCUACUGCCUUCUACGAAAAUAUUGGUUUUAUAAAAAUCAACACUUUUUAUACCUACGUCGAUUUUGCUAUAAUGUGUACAAAUGUUUAGAAAUGAAUAAUCUUUUUACACUCAAUACUUAUACACAAAUGACUUUCAAUUUUGAAAAUAUAAUAAAACUUAUGUCAUAAUGCUAAAUAUUUUCAACAGUUUUACAGCAAUAAGAUGAAAUUAGUUUUUAGCAUUCAAUGAACUGUACAUACAAAAUAUUUUAAGAUGAAGUUUUUUCAUUGAUGUACAUGUAAAUAUAGUAAGUAGCAAACUUAAUUAUUGCACUUACUUUUUGUAUUGUAUUUUACAUAAAAUAAAGUUUGCAACUUUUAAUCAAUCAAGAACAUUUGUUAUUUAAUACUUUCCAGGUAAUAAAAGUAAUUAGUCAUCGAUAAUCAUAAU